UCUGUUCUCUUUCUGUUGAGCAACAUGGACGCCCCGGUUCUGCUGCUACUCAUCAUCCAGAUCACAUCCAGCUCCGUCUACUCUGUCUCCACCAUUUUUGAUUCCUCCACACAUAAACCCCUGGGACUCUCCAGCACCGUCUACACCAUCAAAAGUCCUGCCUUAACCGUCACUAACGAGCGAUUAUCAGACUCUGUAAAAACCCACCGGACCACCAGACAGCUCACCAGUUCCAUAGCUGACGGAGCUUCAACGCAUUUGAACGACAUGAGCAACCAUUGGACCAGGAGGUCACUGACUACAGACUCCAACUCUAAGUUUUCUACUUCAGUCUCAGAGCUGUCGACUUUAAACGGCGGCCAUUUUGUCUCCUCCAGUCCGGCUGCGUUCACAACUAAGCAAUCCACAGACGUAUCGGUGAGUUCGACAGGCGUAUCGGUGAAUUCGACAGACAUAUGGGAAAGUUUGAAAAGUCCGACAGAUGUAUUGGAGAGUUUGACAGAUGUUGCAGAGAGUCGGACAAAUGUAUCAGAAAGUCAGACAGCCUUAUCAGAGAGUUUGACAGAUGUAUGGGAAAGUUUGAAAAGUUCGGAGAGAUCAACAUACGUUUCUGAAAGUUCGAAGAGUUUGACAGUUGUAUCAGAGAGUCCGGAGACUUGGACAGCCGUAUUGAACAGUUUGAAAGAUGUGUCUAAGAGUUCGACACAUGUAUCAGAAAGUUCGAAGAGUCCAACUGACGUAUCGGAGACUUCGACAGAUGUAUCGGAGAGUUUGACAGACAUGUCGAAGAGUUCAACACACGUAUCGGAGAGUUCGAAGAGUCCAACAGACAUAUCGGGGACUUCGACAGAUGUAUCGGAGAGUUCGACACACGUAUCGGAGAGUUUGACAGACAUGUCGAAGAGUUCGACACACGUAUCGGAGAGUUCGACACACGUAUCGGAGGGUUUGAAGAGUACAACAGACAUAUCAGGGACUUCGACAGAUGUAUCGGAGAGUUCGACAGACAUGUCGAAGAGUUCGACACACGUAUCGGAGAGUUCGACAGACAUAUCGAAGAGUUCAACACACGUAUUGGAGAGUUUGAAGAGUCCAACAGACAUAUCGGGGACUUCGACAGAUGUAUCGGAGAGUUCGACACACGUAUCGGAGAGUUUGACAGACAUGUCGAAGAGUUCGACACACGUAUCGGAGAGUUCGAAGAGUCCAACAGACAUAUCGGGGACUUCAACACACAUAUCGAGGACUUCGACAGAUGUAUCGGAGAGUUCAACACACAUAUUGGAGAGUUUGACAGCUGGAGAUGUUCUUCAGCUCAGGAAGGAUGCCCAGACAACGUCACAACACCAAGAAGUUUCCACCUCCUCUGCAGCUGUGACUCUGGUUUCCUCCACAUUUACAUCAGAGACGAACGCCACAGAUCUUCUGGUCACCUCUUAUGCUACUGUUGGAUUUUCUGUUGACACAGAGUCAAACCAAGAUACAAGUUAUACAACACAUCUAACUGCUGACAAGAACCUUUCCCCUUCAUCCUCGAUAACUACACGUCCACCUUUGACUGCUUACGUUCCUUUAACAGCAGAUCUGACAUCUACAUCCAUCAUGGAGAAUUAUCCGCCAUCAGCCGUGUCGACAACCAUUUCCCAAACUUCAGCCACAGUUUCUGCGAUGCUGUCAACAGUUUCUACAGUUCAAAGUAAAAUCUCAGCAAGCACUAAGACUGAUGGAGCUCCAGUAACUUCUCAAACAGCCGGGACGAUGUCUACAGGAAAUAUUUCCCCCUCAAUACUGGCACCCACUAGUCUGAAAAACACACCCACAACCAUUACCAAACCCACUACAACACCGACAACCAUGACCAAACCCACUACAACACCGACAACCAUGACCAAACCCACUACAACACCCACAACCAUGACCCGAGCCACUACAACACCCACAACCAUUACCAAACCCACUACAACACCGAGAACCAUGACCCAACCCACUACAACACCCACAACCAUGACCCAACCCACUACAACACCCACAACCAUGACCAAACCC